AUGAGAACAGCAAUAAGGAAACGAACAUCAACAACAACAACAACUAGAUUACAAAUCAAGAAAUCUCUUAAUAUAGAUGUCUUUCUAAAAUAAAUAUAUUUGAGAGCUGAGUAUUUUACUUAGAGAUAUAUGCUUUGUUUUCCAAACCAAAAGAACCAUGCCCCAUUAAUUAAAUCUAUUUAUAGAGUUCUCUUAAUUCCAGAUAAUUGUAUUUAAGGCUUGAGACUAUCUGAUAAAACAUUACUCUAUUUAAUUGUUCAUUUGAAAUUUGCUGAAAAGGGAAUUCAUCCAUUAUAAGAGCAAGCUUAUGAAAAGCUAUAAAUAAUUUUGUAAUUUUAAUGA